CCCAUCACUUCAUCGUGGCAACCGCGUGCCAGGAGGCGGACUACGGCUGGAUGAUCCGGCACUACUGCCUGAAGCAGUUCCAGCUCAGCAUGGAGGGCAUCGGGCCGCGGCUCUGGUGCGACUGGGACGAGACCGUGGGCACCUACGGGGAGCUGACGAACUGCACGGCGCUGAUCGCCGAGAGGCUCGACUGCUACUGGCCCAACCGGCUGGUGGAUGAGUUCUUCGUGGCCGUCCACAAGCAGUACUUCAGGAACUGCUCGCCCUCCGGCCGGGCGCUACGCGACCCUCCCAACAGCGUCCUCUGCCCCUUCAUCCUGCUGCCCGUCCUCGUCACCCUGCUGAUGACCGCGCUGGUGGUGUGGAGGAGCAAACGCAGCGAGGGCAUCGUGUCGGGACGCCUGCCACCGGCUCAGGGGAGGG